CGGUGGCGUUAGGUAUCAAUGACGUCGGGUCAAUGACGUAUCAGGUCGUCUAUAGCUUUUAAUGCACCCUGUUCCACUUUCCACUUGGGUAUGUUGCGCCACAUAGCGGACACGUUUUCUGCCACUAGCUAUGGCUGAACUAUUCACACAGAAGGUACGGAACUAGAAAGCGCGCAGCUCGUCUCCUCUAUACUUUCCAGACGACGCAUCAGGUCGCAUUCGCCAUGAACUGCGAGGAAGUCAAGGAACAGUACAGAAGGGACUUUGACCCCGUUCUGUAUCAGGCAGCAGUGAAAUCAAAGGACUUUCUCCACCUGUUCUACCAGCAACAGCUACAUCAUAUCUUCGAUGGUGAUCUUAUCGCUGGGGAAACUCUCAUUGAUGUCGGCUGCGGUCCCACAGCACACAGCCUGUUCCCGGUUACCAAGAGGUUCAGCGGAAUUGUUCAGUGCGAGCUGCUGGAAAAGAACAGGGCUGCGGUUCUAAGGUGGCUCAAUAAAGACCCUGAAAUGCUGGACUGGUCAUUCUUCGCAGAAAGUGAAGCGCGACUGGAGGGAUAUGAAGACGUGAGAGCAGGAGCUGAGGAAAUUCAAGAGCGAACCCGGAAAGCCAUCAAGCAUGUGGUACCAUGCGAUGUGUAUGACCCGACAGUUUUGCCUGAAGAACACCGCAUUGAGUAUGACGUCGUGCUGACAGUCCUUUGUCUGGAAGCCGCUGCACCUGAUUUGGCCGCUUACAACCAGGCAUCUUUCAACAUCUAUCAGCUGGUCAAAACUGGAGGAUUCCUUGUUCAAUGCGGUGUCCUCGGAGCCACAUCUUACAGAGUUGGGAAAACUGCUUUUCGAGCAAUGUGUCUUGCGGAGGAUAUGGUAAAAAGCGCCAUCGAGACAACAGGUUUUAAGAUAAAGCGCUGGACUGUUGAUGAACCAAGAAUUGUUGAAGGGUAUGUGUACAACGGCGCGUAUGUGCUUGUGGCUGAGAAGUGUUGUUAGUCCAGUUUAUGUAGAAUUUUUACGUCUGGUGACUUUUUAUCGCACUGUCGAUAUCUUAUGGACGUUUUUAUUGACUUGGGGAACUCCAGUAUUAAAAUAUUUUAUGAGAAGAGUU